GGAGCUUUGACCAAUUGAAUUAUGUACACCCUUGUCGAUCUUAUCGAUAGAUAUCUCUAGCAGCUGCAGUUUCCAGGUUUCAAGGUUAGAGCUAUUCGGGUACGUACCUGAGUAACUCGGUUUAAUAUCGAACUCUUCAUGAUGCGAGUCCUGAUAUCGGACAUAGAAUUGUCACGGAUAGGCAAUACCAAAAUCUCAGCGCUCGAUAUGCAAACUCUUAUAUAAAGUCAAAUCCUCUAGCUUUUCUUCUUAACUACCUAGCCCUAAAUCAUCAUUAAUGAGUACAUCCUUUACUAAAUUUGUGCCAGAGCUCGGGUAUUGAAGUCUACAAGUCAAACUUACCUAGUACUUAUGUACAUUUAUUUCCCUCCUUAUCUCGACUAACCGUCCAUAUUAUCAAUAUUUUCGGAGAUCGUAUUGAACAAGGCUACAUAUAUACCAUUUAUCUUUUGUGCAUACAGUAGUAUGCACAGAUCUCCGAAUAAGGACAGAGGUGAUCGUCAAAUAUAGAGAAUAAUUAGCAAACGACCAAUACCACAUUCUAAAGGAACGGAUGGCGGACAGCACUCAAGCAGCAUUCUUUUAUGGGACGCUUAUGGCCCCUGAGGUGUUCUUCACGGUCUGUUAUCGGGGGAUCCCGAAAGAAAACGUUGCUGUACUGAGGGGUCUUCAUGAUUUCAAGCCAGCAAUCCUACACGGGUUCUGUCGACGUCGGGUAAAGGGUGCGGACUACCCAGGCAUUAUACCGGAUAAAGAUCACGAGGUUAGAGGAAUGUAUGUGACAGGCUUGACACCUGCCAAUAUGUAUCACCUUGAUAAGUUCGAAGGGAGCGAGUAUGAGCGUCGAAGAGUUAAAGCCUGCCUCCUUUCCAAGACUGGAGACGAUAAGGGACAAGGCAACGUUGAGGGCGACGAGGUCGAAUGUGAAGUGUACGUCUUCAACCAUCCCGACAAUCUAGAGGGCCGAGAAUGGGAUUUCGAAGAGUUCCGAAGGGAGAAGAUGAAGAAAUGGACACGGGAAGAUUACGGCUUCGAUGACACCGACCACUUCACACCUCAAGCGGUCGAUGAGGACGAAAAGCAAGCUGCUGUUUGUAAGUCUAUAUGCCCCCAGCAGCUGCCCAGUUGUAUGAUAUUCCUUGCUCGUGUACCUUAUCUAAUGCGGGACAGGAAGGAGAUGAUUACCGCAACAAGGGCAAUGCCAAUGUGGCGAUAUCUUCGUAUUAUAUUCUAUGCGAUAUAUGGAAAUUAUCCGAUAGAAAUGCAACGUUACGAAUAUUGCCUUCCCGCCUUAGACUUACAACUCGUUACAAACGACGCUUAUAUUACAGUUCCGGGCAACUAGGGAUCAGCUAGAAGCUUGGCUAGACCAUAAUCGCCGCGAGACAAUCCUGGAUGACCAACAAAGAAGUAGUAGUAUCUGGGCGUUUCUAUGGGAGUCAAAAUAUGUCUAUUCUUGAGUUUGAGUUAUGAAGUCCAGUACCUGCAGAAGGAAUGAAGAAUGAAGAAUAUGCAUCUCAUGAUCCAAUCCCAAUGGGCGAGUAGGUUUCGUUUCGGUUCCCUCGCGGAUCGGUGCAUGAAGCCUUGAACCGGGGUGUAUCGGUCGAAAAUAGUAUGCCGCGUACGACGUUAUGCGAAGCUCGGCUGGAAUUAACAGUUCUUGAAACCCAGGUCGGCCUAGCUAUAGUCGAGGCGACCAAUCGUGAGUUGAUUGACUUGGAAAAUCCGAAGAGGCUUAAAAAUGCGCCUUACCAUCACAUUUAGUACUACCAUCUGACCAUCUACUGAUUCCUAUUUCAAUCUUAAGGCAGUAAACAUGAAACUCGUUCAACCUAUAGCAUCGAGUCCUUCGACACUCCCAAUUAAUUGGUAAUCAGUGGCACAUAAGACCAUUAUUGAAGCUCUUUACGUCCCAUGUUUAUUACAAGCUCAUUUACAGAUACAGGUAGCUAUCGAUUUAGG